GGUGGCCCAGCACCUGACAAACACUGUGUUCGUUGACAGAGCCCUCAUAGUCGUUCCCUAUGCUGAAGGUUUGUAACUUGUUUGAUGUUCUAUGGGGCCACCUUUGGGUGGUGGUUGAUUCUUGUCUAGUGCACAAAAAUUAACAGUAGCCAAAUGUCAAACAYGUCAGAGAUUGCCAUUCGGAAACCCUUGGUAUAUUGCCUUUGGCCCCUGGAUUUGAUCAYUUUAUUUAUAUAGUGACACCAAAUCAAAGUGAAAAGUUUUGUGUGUCUUGAAGUGUAGAAUAAUAACAUUUUAGGCAGAAUUCUAUGCAAAUUUUGCUCUGUGUCAGUCUCAAUGAGACAUUUCCCAAACAGACUAUAAUGCAAGCAAUAUUUUAAGGAGAUUUUACCUUAAUAAUUGUUUGCUGCUUUCACUCUCUUCAUGAGAAUGGUUUCUCCCUCCCUGAGAGGAGAGGAAUUAACAUUCCUUUGRGAUCUGCUGCCACUGCAUUUAUUUGGGAACAUCCCCAAAAAAGGCCCUCRCUCUCCUUGUGGAGUCCAGUAUACCAAGGGUUUGAAUAAUUACGCUUUAAUUCAAAAGUGACAACUUCCAAGAGGUGCCACAUGGGCACUGGUCCUAGUUUUUAAUUCCAAGUUUUCUUGUUCAUCCUUGAUAUAUUUAAUAGAAUUUCACUAAAUAAUAAACUCUUCUCUCUGUUAUUUGUGUGUGUGAUUUUUGUAGUGGAGAAGGCAAAUGCAAAGCCCUUCCAGAUGACUGAAAAACAGUGGGUCCUCUGMAGCUACAGGGGAUUCUAGCCAUUAACUAAAGGCCAGCAAGCACUCAAGUCCCCAAGUGUUUUCCUGGUGUAACCACUUGUUAACUACAUUUUCUCUUCUUCUUUUUAUUUUUACAUUUUAGGGUGUUACAGUAAUUUGAAAGGCAAUGAGCAGGGUUUUUGGAACUUACCUUAAAAGCAAAGUGCUGAGAAGACACCUCUUCUUACAGAAGUCUUAUUAAACUCUUCUAGACUUGCUUUAGAAGUAACUGAUUUCCAUUGUACUUGUGCAUUUCUUGAUUUACUUCUCUGGGAAGGGUUGAAUUUAAUAAAAUCUUGCAGAUUAAGUCAUACUACAGUGCUAAGUUUGGUACAUGGCCUGGGUUCACACCUGUAAUCUGUCAUGCUGGAGCUGUCUCUUGAGGCCUGGGGAGCUGUCUUAUCUUAUCUUUGUAUUUCUUAAGCUUAAAAGAUACSAAACUUAAAUCAAAAGAUGUCAGACUGAAUUCCUGGAGUGUAGGAAUGUGCAGUGUGGCCUCUGAUGGAGCCCUGCUGCUUCCUGAGGGUCCAGAGCCCCUUCUGCAAUGGAGUUACUGCUCCUGCUGCCACUGCUUGAAAAUAGCAGAGCUGUUCUUGUCCCUGUCUGGGUGCUGAACACAGCAACAGUCCAGUGAAUUUGUGCUGGAAUAUUCCCCAAGGCCCACGGAAUUAAUGCCAGUGUUUAACUCUUCCACAAGGAUAAACCCCCUUUUCUCUUUGUCAGUCUGACUUUGUCCACUGUGGAUAAAUCUGGCACACAGAGAAACCUKCCCAGGAGCUUUGCUUCACAAAUUAUUAAAGUAGAAUAUUUUAUUGGGCCUAUUAAGGAGCCAGUCCUGGGCUGUACCUGGUGUUGUUAACGGUUCAGAAUUUAAUGUCCUUGGCACAUCACAAGAGAGAUGUUCAGCCAAUAAAUUAUUGCCCCUGGUUUGAUAAUCCCAUACUUCUGCCCUGUGCUGGAGUACAGUUUUCCCUAAAAAUUCCCCCUGCCAGGGUCCCAAUUGGACAAGAGCCAGCAUUUCCCAACUCCACAGUGCCACUGCUGAUGUGCUUAAAGCCAGGCAUGUGCUGAAUGGGGCCCUCCUCUCUGACAUCUGCUGUGCUAAUGAACCUGUGUGCUAAUUGCCUGUCACUAAAGCAAAUGUUUAUUAUCUGUUCAGUGCAAUAAUUCCCCCCCUGUCCCAAGUUUUAGCUCACACAGACACUUUGGUGUUGGCUGUUGCUUUGUGUUAUAGAACUAUACACAAAGGCUACGGUAAGGUUUAGUAUUUGUCAUUUUCUCUGGGCUAAUUCCUGGAUUUGGAAGGAACUCUUAAGGUUAAAAGAUGGCUGGGGGGGGUGUUUAGGUUCUUUGGUUAAUGUUUGUUUCUUUUGUCUGUUUCUUUUUCUUUCAUUUCUACACAUUCAUGCAGUAUUUCAUGGUUCUAACAAAGCAGCAGUAAAAAAAGCUCUUGAAGCAUGAAAAUUAACUGUUCUUUUCCCUGGUUCAGCCUGAACUAUAUACCAGGCCCUGCUGAAAAUACCACCCAACAGUUUUCUUCUGCAGCUUAUCCAGUUUCUCUUAAGUGCCCUGUACAUAUUGUAUGUUUUAUGAUGAGAUGCAGUUUCUUAAUAUGUAUUACAGAAACACUACUGGUAUUUGCAAAUAUAUAGUAAAAUUGUUUUAUUGAACUCUCAUUUUGGGGGCUUGGGCACAUUAACAAAUUAAUCCAUCUGUAUAGGGCUUUUGCUGUUGGAUAGAGUAAAAAUCCCCCACAAUUGUUUGCGGGUAGGGCCCUGAGCACUCUGUGUGCAGAGCAGGCAGUGACAUGAGCCCCUGGUCUUAGUUGGCUGCAAGACUUUGGGCCAGAAGUCCCCUGUGCCACGACAGGUGGUAGCAGCAUUGUUGGUGCUCUAAGCUGGCACAUAUUGGAACAAAUGCAUUUUACUGCACAGGUAAGGAAUGUGCCAGCAUCCCUGUGUGUAUCCCAGCCACAGACACACCCCCAGCAUUCCCGGAGAGCCGCAGGGACCGCAUUCCAUGUGACACGUCAGCAAAAGCCCUACCCAAAACACCCAUCCCUUCUCUUUUAAGUUUGCCAAAAUUUGUAUGGUAGGUGUAAAAGAAAAACAUAGUGAACUGUACCAUAUUAUUAACCCCUAAAUCCAACUUUUUUUGUCUUGUGUAUCUUGAUUUUUCUGUGUGCUUUGUAGUGAAGCAGCCGACACGAGUCGUUGUUCAUAAAACAGCUUUUGAAAGUUGAGAGCACUCUCACCCCUGGAGAACCGACUGUGCUUGCUUACGUUUGGUUCAUGACUUAAAAAUCGAGUACAGGUGAUGAAACCUUGGCAGUGUUAACAACAAAGUAGUGUGUAUUGUGCUAUUUUUUUGCUCUAGAAACUUAACCUUUUGUAGAGAAAAAGGAACAGUCAAAUUGUCACCCAUUGAAGUUGCAUUCUGACAAAAAAAGUUAAUGCUAAAUAUUAAUAGCCAUCAAGCUUUGUAUUUUAGCCAACAUAAGUACUUUCAACAAACUCAGGUGGUGUAUCAGGGAGACUUUGCUGGGUGUAUUUGUGUAUUUGGUGCCUCUGGGCUGGGAUAUGCUCUAAUGCCAGGCUGUUUCCCUGCAGGAGUCAUUCCUGAUGAGACUAAGGCUUUGUCUCUCUUGGCACCAGCUAAUGCCGUGGCAGGGCUGCUGCCCGGGGGUGGCCUGCUGCCCACCCCCAACCCCCUCUCUCAGAUUGGUGCUGUCCCUUUAGCUGCUUUAGGAGCUCCUGCUCUCGACCCUGCCCUUGCUGCUCUUGGGCUUCCUGGAGCAAACCUGAACUCCCAGUCUCUCGCAGCAGAUCAGCUCCUAAAACUGAUGAGCACAGUGGAUCCAAAGUUGAACCAUGUGGCUGCAGGUCUUGUGUCCCCAAGUCUGAAAUCAGAUACCUCCAGUAAAGAAAUAGAAGAGGCCAUGAAGAGAGUCCGAGAAGCACAGUCCUUAAUUUCUGCUGCUAUAGAGCCAGACAAAAAAGAUGAAAAACGAAGACAUUCAAGAUCGAGGUCACGCUCGAGGAGGAGGAGGACACCUUCUUCAUCCAGACACAGACGCUCCAGAAGCAGAUCAAGGAGAAGGUCCCAUUCCAAAUCCAGAAGCAGGAGGCGAUCCAAAAGUCCCAGGAGAAGGAGAUCUCAUUCCAGAGACAGGAGCAGGAGGUCUCGGAGCACAUCCAAAACCAGGGAUAAAAAGAAGGAAGAGAAAGAAAAGAAACGUUCUAAAACUCCCCCCAAAAGCUACAGCACAACCAGAAGAUCCAGAAGCACAAGCAGAGAACGGCGRCGCAGACGGAGCCGCAGCGGGACACGGUCCCCGAAAAAGCCCAGGUCUCCCAAACGGAAAAUGUCCCGGUCCCCAUCACCCAGAAGGCAUAAAAAGGAAAAGAAGAAGGAUAAAGACAAGGAGAGGAGCAGAGACGAGAGGGAGCGGUCAACRAGCAAGAAAAAGAAGAGCAAAGACAAGGAGAAGGAUCGAGACCGGAAAUCUGAGAGCGAUAAGGAUGUGAAACAGGUCACAAGGGACUACGACGAGGAGGAGCAGGGCUACGACAGCGAGAAGGAGAAGAAGGAGGAGAAGAAGGUGGUGGAUGCUCCCUCCCCCAAAGGGAAGGAGCCCGGAGCUGAGAAGGGCAGCGGGGACGCGGGCCGGGAGUCCAAGGUGAACGGGGAUGACCACCACGAGGAGGACAUGGACAUGAGCGACUGAGCCCGCCCUCAGCCCCUCCAGUGUGAUCCUUUAUGCUGUACUUGUUAAUCCUCAACCUAGAUGUAUCCAGCUCCGAGCUCUCCAUGGUCUGUCCAUCCCGAUACUAACUCACACCCAAAGCUUGAGACAGGGACCCCCUGCUCUGCUCCGGGGCAGGGCCAGGCCGCACGUCCCUCCCUGCCCCCUCCUUCCCUCCCUCCGGAGUGUCCCGGGCUGAGCCAGCGGGGCACAKYAGUGUGGGAACGUCCUGGGAGCGGGGGCAGCGUGGCACAGCCCCCUUGUCCUUAAGGAACGCCCCAGGAGUGUGGCACAGCCCUCCUGUCCUUUAGGAACACCCCGGGAAUGAGGCACAGCCCCCUUGUCCUUAAGGAACGCCCCAGGAGUGUGGCACAGCCCUCCUGUCCUUUAGGAACACCCCGGGAAUGAGGCACAGCCCCCUUGUCCUUAAGGAACGCCCCAGGAGUGUGGCACAGCCCUCCUGUCCUUUAGGAACACCCCGGGAAUGAGGCACAGCCCUCCUGUCCUGCAGGAACACCCCAGGAGUGAGGCACAGCCCUCCUGUCCUUUAGGAACACCCCGGGAAUGAGGCACAGCCCUCCUGUCCUAUGAAAUGCCCCAGGAAUGAGGCACAGGCCCCCUUGUCCUGCAGGAACACCCCAGGAAUGAGGCACAGUCCCCCUGUCCUGCAGCCCCCAGCACGGCCAUGGAGAGGGACUCCAGGCACUCCAGAGCCRGCCCUGGAUCGCACCAGCUCUGUGCUCUUGGCUUCAGUUUUGGUUUUCAGCCCUGUGCUGGGCUCAGCUGGGUUUGGUUUUCCCUGGGUUGUUGUUGGCUUUGCCCAGGGUUCAGUGCCCCCACCUUCCUGGCUCCCUCUUCAGCUCCACACUCUCCUGCCCUCGGGAAGGGAAGGGGAAUCCUGGCUGUGCCCASUGAGGGAAGCCUGGGGGAGCAGCUUUCCCCGGGGCUGGGGGCUCAGGAGCUCACCCGCUGCAGCAGGGAGUGCAUUUUAACAUGACCUUGGUCUGUUUUUAAAGCAAGUCCAUUGAUAAUGAACUUUUUACUUGAUCUUAAGUUGUACAAACGGAUGAAUUUGUGUUCCUGUCCCGGCCGCUCCCUCCCUCCCGCACUCGGUGAUCCCAUGGUAUUUGCAGAGUAGUUACCCAAAGCUGUUCCUUAGUUCCAGCAGCUCCAGAGCUUUUACUUUUGUGCAGGUAAAGAGACAAAAGUAGCCGACAGUCYGUGCCAUGUCGAUGUACAGUUUCGGAAAAUGUUUUACAAAACUUUGAUAAUAAAACCCUGAAACUUCAGCUCCUCUUCCUAGAAAACUCCU